GACAAGAGUUCACUUGCGGUCACACUUGCUACAAAUACAAAAGCAGUGGUAUUCUCGAAUAAAUAAGAAAUAAGUAAUGUCUUAUUCCUAAGAAUGAGCCUCAAAAAUACGUGCGUUGAGGCACCACAGUAUUGCUAACAACUCGCUAACGUUUUGCCCAAACGCCACAAAACUAUGAGUUGUCACUACGCGGAAUCGGAAUCGUCGCAGUCCGAGAGCAAAAUGGACAUCUCCGAGACGCCAACGGACUCCACAGGCGUCUCGCCGCUGGCCGACGAGCGGAUGCCAAACAAAGUGAACGAUGCCACCUCGCAGCAGCAUCAGAUUGAGGAGGAUAAACGAGAGAAUAACGAGAACGUGAACUCUUCAUUACUGGAUAAUCGAAUAAUGCGGCCGGAGUUGUUGCUGCCGCUUGGUGGCGGAGGAGGAGUACCACAACGACAUAUGACAACCGAACGCACGCUAACGCUGGCUAACAGCCAUCCGCUGAUGUCACCCACAAACACAGACUCCGACUCGGAACCGUUUCAGAGCAAGCGCAACAAUUUCCCCGACGUUGUGCCAACGGAAGCUGUGCGCAACACGCUCAAUCAGCAAAACAAUAUGCGCGUGAAGCCGCCAAAGGACGCAAAGGUCAGUCUGUUGCGUGCCAAUAGCCCGGAUCUGAUUAGCAGUGAGUCGGAUGCGGAUGUCUCGCAGUAUUUGGCAGCUGUGGAGUCGAAUUUUCAGUCUGUUUCAUUGCUGCCCAAUGCCAACAACAAGGCAUCGCGCAAAACUAAGCGGAUUGGUGUUGGUGGCGAAGACAUCUCCAGCUUGGAUUCCAUAUCGAAUCACAGCUUCGAUGAUGACGAAGACAUCGAGCACAAUUUGGCCUCAUUAAGUCCAUCAAGUUCACUGAUCGAUGGCCUUGAUGGCGAAGACGAUGACGAUGAUGACGACUGCGAGGGUCCCGAACUGCUGCCCGACAACGAUGAUGACCUAGAUGAUUUCGGCAUGGCCACAACGCCCACGCCACAUGCAACUGGUGGCGCUGUGGUUACCACAACAACUGCUGCUGCAACAGCCGAGCUGCCGCAAUAUACGGCGGAUGAGGAGCGACGCGACUCACGCAAUUGGCAAAAGAUAACGCUGCCGGAUGGCAAGACCCGUGAAAUUGAUAUGCGCGUCAUUGAGCCCUACAAGCGUGUGCUCUCCCAUGGCGGCUAUCUGAAGGCUGGCGGACAGAAUGCCAUUGUCAUAUUCUGUGCCUGCCAUUUGCCGGACAGAUCGCGAGCCGAUUAUAGCUAUGUCAUGGACAAUCUGUUUCUGUAUGUGGUGAAGACGCUGGAGCAGCUGGUCACCGAUGACUAUGUGCUCAUCUAUCUGCAUGGCGGCUCCAACAGGCGUAAUGUACCACCCUUUCCAUGGCUCAAGCGUUGCUAUCAACUGCUGGAUCGCCGCUUGCGCAAGAGUCUGAAGCACAUGUAUUUGGUGCAUCCCACAUUCUGGAUCAAGUCCCUGGUUUGGAUGGCGCGCCCGUUUGUCAGCACAAAGUUCUGGCGCAAGCUGAUCUACGUUAAAUCUCUGGAGGAACUGGGACUGCAUGUGGUUGUGGAGAAGGCAGCCAUACCGGAGAAGGUUAAGCAAUACGAUGCCAAGCGACACUGAGUUUAGAGACAUUGGCAAACCAUUCCCCCUGCACUCACUCCUCACCAAGAUUAUCUCUAGCUGCUCCAAUCUUAAAGCAGCAUUUUCAAAUACGGUUCGCUCGCAUUUGUGUUUCAGCAUUCCUCAUUUUAGGACUACAGUUUAAUUGAUUUUACUUCAUUUUUUAUGUACUCGAUAUUCGAUAUUUAUUUGAAAACACUCUCGCUAUGCUUUAAUUUAAGAUCUCAAUCUUUGUGAUAAUUUAUUUUUGCCUUUUCACCAACUCAAUGAAACUCAUCUAAUUACUAUAUUGUAUUCGCUAUGUGUUAUGGAAUGGAAGAGUGUAGAUGGCGUUCAACAAGACAUCGAACAAGUUUUUUCGUAGCACUUUACUGACAGCAGUAAGAAUCAGACACACAUUUAUAUAGUACUAUAUACACCCACACAAACACACACUCACACACAUGUAGCUGUAGCAAUUACACUAAUGCAUAGUUAUAAGCAAUCAUGAUCAUGUAGCUUCCGCUUCAGUUUCAUAUAUAUACAAGACACAUACAUAGAUAUAUAUACAUAUAUAUGUCACUUAAUAUCGCAUAAUCGCUACAAUAAUUUUUCUAGCCUGGCUUUUUUUUGAUAAUGUUUAAAAAACAAAGAGAACGUAAAGCAACAAGAAACCACCAGACUUCCGUAUCGUACGUGUUACCUUCUUUGUUAAAACAAAAAUGAAAAUGAAACCUAAAGCAACUCAACUGAAUUUAAAAUUAAGCCAGUUUUACGAUAAUUGAAAAUGUUUAGCUGAAUUUUUUGUGUGCAUCGACACCACACCGACCCCGACCACUGAUGAAGAGAGAAGGCUCGACCCCAUGCCAGUGUCCAUUCCCUUGCCACCUCCCUCGUCCCCCCACUCAUUAAAUAGCUGUUUAGCGUGUAAGUGAAACUAGUGACCAUUAAUAUAUAUAUUUAACAUGGACAACAAUUUGAUAUUUAAAUCUACAAAACUCACACAUAACCCACAAAAAACAAA